AUGGCUUCCAAGGCUUUAGCAACAAUUGCUCUUCUUCUCUCCAUCAACCUUCUGUUUUUAUCAAUGGCGAAUGCCCACAACCGGCCCCAAUGCCGAAACGAUGCCCUACUCUUGAAUGUAUGUGCCAACAUCUUGAAUGUUGUUGAUGUCGGCAUCGGUAAGCCACUUAAGCCAUGUUGUGACCUCAUUAAUGGUUUGGUGGGUCUCGAACUGGAUGCUUGCCUUUGCAUUGUCGUUAGAGGCAAUGUGUUAGGCCUCGUCAAUGUGAAGCCUCCCCUUCAGUUGAACCUACUGCUCACUAAGUGUGGCAUGAAACGCAGGGGAUAUCGUUGCAAUUGA